AAGUGUUUUCAAAGUGGUGGUGGUGUUUUCCGGCGCACAAUUUCGACACAUUCGAAGCAGGUCGCUGCGCCCUUUUGCAUCAGCAGCAGCAGCAGCAAGAGGGUUGCAAAGUUGGAAGUUUUUCGUCUUCUGUCUGCGUCCGUCCGGCGUUCUCGGACUGGUGUUGCGGGACUGGGACUGGGUAGUGGUGGUGCGUCUUACGUCGCUCCAGCCAGCACCGUCGUCGCCGUCGGCUCGCGCAAGUAAUGAUGCGGUUUUCUCGCACCGUCUCGCGUACUCGCGCGGAAGAAGAUAAGAAGUAGGUGCGCAAACCGUACGCGAACGGAACAAAUGGGAACCGAGAGGCGGAAGCGGAGACGAUUGCAUUUUUUAUUUAUUGCGCGUGGAAGGAGCUGAUGAAACAUGGCUAGCCGAAACGAGGUGGAGAUGGAGAAGCAGUUCCUGGCAGAGUUGGAGAAAGCGAAAGCUCUGAGCUUGGAAACGUUCGAGCUGGAAAAGAUUCGUCAGCAGCGUUAUUCGCAGCCCGAAUCGUUGAAUAAGUCUGAUACCCGUACUCUAGCAGAGUAUAAGACCUACCUGGAGAGACGAGCAAAGCUUCACCAAGGAUUACCACCUGGGGCAGUUGAUGCCUCCAGAAAUGCAAAUACCGUUAAUUUGCCGGCUGGUUCGCGAAAUGACCCACACAACAGUCAUCUGCCGAAGGGAAAGGAUGAGGCAGAUCUGAUAUCGUUCAAUGCUCCUCCAGCGCCUCCGAAUCCUCAAGAUGAGGCGCACAACAAUCUGAAGGAACUUGUUGAUCAGAUGCAUCGAUUGAACACUCAGAACCCCUACGAGCAAGCCUUCAAAACGCAACGCAGUUUAAGCAUGUCAUCAGCCCCAUCUUACGGAGCAUACUCGCCGGCGUAUCUUCAGCAGCAGGUCGUACAGAACUACAACCCUGCUGCAAUGCAACUCGUUCCAUACAAUCAACAAACGGCCAAACCUAAACCGUUGACUCCCGAUGAGUUGAAUCGCUUGUACAAUAUGCCGGUGUAUGGAGCCAUGCCAGCAGGACCACCGCCAACUGGUUUCAUUGCUCAACCGCAAUAUCCGCCGGUCAACUAUCCUCAAGCUCCUCCGAACACUUUUCCUCUCCAGCAGCAGGUUCAUCCUGCCUCCGCUCCUACUAACUUCAUUCCACAACCCAUGGCAUCCGCCACGGCUCCUGCCGCAGGUUUCAUUCCACAACCCCCAAUCUAUUCCACCUCUACCUCGGUCUCCGUGGCAAAUCCGGACUCGGCCCUGGUCCACGUACCGAAACCCGUCAAUCCCAAACUAACCCUCAACACCCGAUCUGCCUCCCAACCGCAACAGCCGUUCCCUCCGGCCAUUCCAGGCCCGUCCGGCUCGAACCCUUUUGCUCGAAAUUCCCUCGGUUCCAAUCCGACCUCCAAUAGCCGGACAGCCAACAGCAAUCACAAUCCUAGCAACAACAGCAACAGCAGCAGCAAUGGGGAAGUCGUCCUGCGACCAAAAAGUGAUCCCACCAAGCUGGGAAGAGGUGGCGGCGGAGACAAUCUGAUCGAUUUCGGAGGAUUCGAGGAUAACUCGCGGGUGUCGGUGUUGGAGGCGUUCGAUCCGUUGCUCUGUGGCAAUCGAACCAAUUCCGGCGGCGAUGGAAGCGAAGACGACAAAGAUGAUACAGCUUCUACAUACUACGAAGAUUACGACCCGUUCGAUUACAUCUACAGCGGAGGCACGCAGUACUCCGAUCCGGUGUACGAGGCGGUCAAUCGAUCGGAUAAGACACCCCUGUCGCCCAACAGCAGCGGUUCUGGGCCCCCACCAAUCGGGUGGAACGUCUCCAGUGCCUAUGGCUUUGGAGAGCCGGAGUUCCAAGAGGGUGAACCUCCUCCGUUGCCACCGAGAAACAGCGACCUGUAUCAUCCGAUGAUCGGUGGCGGUGGUGGGGCUGCGGGACAUCGAGGCCCCACCACCUCCAGCAGCAACUAUGAAGUCAUGCAGACGCCCGGUUCGCAACGACGCUCGGUACCGACUAAGCUGUACGAGAAUGUGGUGGUCCGAAAGAGCUACGACAAGGAGCUGAUUGCAUUCUACAAUAUGGUGAAACAGAUGAGAGCACAAUUCCGAUAUGACGAUUUGAAGACCAACGUGGGUCACGUUGUGGCCUCUGAGUUCAACAAUCACUACCCCGACGGAACCAGUAUUAAACUUUUGGUUCAUCCAUCGUUGGACUGCUUUGCUUCGUUCGAUAGUAAGAACAAAGGUCAAAUCGAUGGCUAUGGACCUCCAAUUCCAUUCACAUGUGAUAUUACAACAUCGGUGGAGCACGUGAUUGCCCAAGUGUUUUGCGCUCUAGAGGGACAAAUCAUGAACAGCGUUGGCGACUACGUCCUGAAAGCUAUCGGAAUGCAGGAAAUUCUCAGCACCAGCUCGAGGCUGAACCAGCUGCAGUGCGUCCACAACAGCAUUAAGCUGGAGCACGACGUGCAGCUGGGAUUCGUGCCGAAAACUCCUCGAAUCAUGCGGACUAUUGCUCGAACGGCGCAAGACGAUCAAAGGGAUGCGGAAAUUCGGCUGGAACAUAUUUUGCCUAAGGAAGCCACUUCGGCCGUUGGGUAUGAUCAGCUGAUGAUCCUGCUCGAGACGCUGGAAGCGGAAAUCGAUAAACUCCAAUCGACAGCCGAUGACCACAGCCCGCACUCGAUUCUUAGCUGUUCGGGUGUAACUCAAGCUGUGAAGGCCAUUUGUGCCAUGCUGGGUAAGAUCGAUACAUUGGAGAUAACCAAGGCUGUCGAUGAUCUGAAAGCGUGCUGUGAUAGCGGUCAGACGAUCUAUAGUUACAACGAUACCUCGGACUACAACAGUGGAAGCCUGAGUAUAGUUUCGGAGAGUGGAGAUUACGCCGAGGUGAAAUUGCGCCCCAGAACAAUCAGCCAACAGAUCCGAUAUCGAUGCCACGAAGUGCGGAACGCCAUCCAGGGUUUGUUGGAAAUCUAUUCGCAUGCAUUCCGGGUCACCUUUAUGGUGAAUGUUCCCGAGUGGAACACAAACCCCAUUUCGAUUAACAUGAUUUCGCAGUCCAUUAUGGUGAACGUGUUGUGUUUGCAUCGAAUACCGGAACUUUGGCGACACGACGAGUACAAUCUGGGCGUUCAGAUCUAUCACGGAGCUCGGUAUAUUAGCGAACCGUUGGUGACCUAUUGCUCGAAUGAACGAACCGGAACCUAUCCAAGGUUGACUUUCAAUUCUUGGCUGACGUUCCGUAAUGCGGUGGUUACAUUGCCACGAGAAUCGAGGUUGAUCUUUGUGCUGUACGGAGUGACGCGGGAACCGGUUGAAGGAGACAAGCAGGAUGGAUCGUCAAAUACCGAUCCAAACACCACGCAGGAAGGCAGAGUGACCAAGGUGGAAUUGGGCUGGUCCGCAAUUCAGUUCUUCGAUUUCGAAAGGAAAAUGAUCCAGGGAUCUUAUCUGCUUCCUCUGUGGCCUCCAACGACCGAAAAAUACUUUGGUCCGGCGCCGGCCAAGGGAACUCAUCCUCUGGGAGAUGCCUAUCCCAUAUUGGGCAUCGAAAUACCCAGCUACGGCGGAACGGUCGUUUUUCCAGAACCGAUCAAAAAUCUUCCCCCCGCAGUUAAGCUCGAUUUCAACAGUUUGGAUCGGAAUCUACAGCAGGAACUGAUCGACACAGCUGAGCAAGGCUAUUCAGCAGAUAAGCUUGAGAAACGAGAGGUUCUGUGGGAAAAACGUCACUAUCUUCAUUCAUUACCUCAUGCUUUACCUAAAAUCCUCCACGCAGCUCAUAGUUGGGACUACGCAUGCCUUGAAGAUCUUCACGCCUUCUUGAAAUCAUGGCCCGCUCUAACUCCUGUUCAAGCACUAGAACUACUUCUACCGCGCUAUCCCGAUCUGGAAGUCCGCCGCCAAGCGGUCGAAUGGAUUUCUCACAUGGCCGAUGACGAAUUCGUUGAUUAUCUGCCUCAGCUACUCCAGGCUCUGAAACAUGACACCUACGAAGCAUCACCUCUAGCUCUAUUGUUACUACAGAAAUCACUGGAAUCACCACGCAUAGCACAUCACUUGUACUGGCUACUGUUGCACAGUCUCCCGGGAGAUGCUCCUCAAAACAUGAUCGAAAUGGGCCCAUCCGACGAAGCUCUGGUGAUUCAAGCUCGCUACCACCGACGAAAUCAGCUUAUGCUGCGCGCCCUGCUGGCCACCUGUGGAGAAAAAUUAACCGCCCGGUUCCUCUCGCAGAACAUGAUGUGCAAAAAACUCGGCGAAGUGGCCCAAAGUGUAAAAAUGUCCAAAGAAUCCCAACGACUGCAAACUCUCAAGCAAGGUCUCGAAUCGGUGAACCAAAUGCUGAUCGACAAUCCUACGGUGCUUCCACUGGGCCCUGGGAAUGAAGUGACCGGCAUUGUGCUUCGCAGCUGUAACUAUUUCAACUCGAACACGCUUCCACUGAAGGUAAACUUCAUGGGUCCGGACAAGGUGGUCGUACCGGCUAUCUUCAAGAGCGGUGACGAUCUGCAGCAGGACAUGCUCACCAUUCAGAUGGUCCGCAUCAUGGACAAGCUGUGGCUGCGCGAAGGGCUCGAUCUGAAAAUGGUCACCUUCAACUGCGUUCCGACCAGCUACAAGAAGGGCAUGAUCGAGCUGGUGUCGGAUUCGGAAACUCUGCGGAAAAUCCAGGUCGAGUGGGGCCUGACCGGUUCGUUCAAGGACAAAUCGAUCGCCGAGUGGCUGGCCAAGCAGAACCCUAGUCAAUUAGAGUACCAAAGGGCUGUGGAGAAUUUUACGCGUUCCUGCGCCGGCUACUCGGUGGCCACGUACAUUCUCGGUAUUUGUGAUAGGCAUAAUGACAACAUUAUGCUCAAAACCUCGGGACAUCUGUUCCACAUAGAUUUCGGUAAAUUCCUAGGCGAUGCACAAAUGUUUGGUAAUUUUAAGAGGGAUCGCACACCAUUCGUCCUAACCUCGGACAUGGCGUACGUGAUAAACGGGGGCGAUCGACCGUCGGCCAAGUUCCACAAGUUUGUGGAUCUGUGCUGCACUGCGUUCAACAUCGUACGGAAGCACGGUGACCUGAUACUGCACAUGUUUGCCCUGAUGACGACCUCGGGGAUCCCGGGCGUAACGGUCGAAGCCGUAAACUACGUUCGCAACGCGCUUCUUCCAGGCCAGUCCAAUCCGGAAGCGGCGGCAUCGUUUGCCAAAAUGAUACACAUAUCGCUCAAGUCGUGGUUCACGCAGUUCAACUUCUUUCUGCACAAUAUCGCGCAGAUGAAGUUCUCGGCCGAGAACGACGACGGCGAGCUGUUGAGCUUCGUGCCACGGGUUUACACAAUGGCCCAGGACGGUCGUCUGAAGAUAGUCAGCGUGCACGGUUUUCAGAAGCGCUACGAUCUGGAAAAGUAUUACACCUACAUUCUGAAGGUGACCCGCCAAAAUCAACCGGAUCCCGCGUACCUGUUCCGCUCGUACAAGGAGUUUUGCGAGUUCCAUCAGAAGCUGUGCAUCCAUUUCCCGCUGGCAAAGCUACACAGUUUACCAUCCGGCAUCCACGUGGGCCGAUCGAACAUCAAAACGGUCGCCGAGCGUCGUCUUCCAGAGAUCCGCCAGUUUCUGAUUUCCCUGUUCAACUCGGCGGACGAAAUAGCACAUUCCGACUUAGUUUACACGUUCUUCCAUCCGUUACUUCGCGACCAGCAGGAAGCGGACAUCCACGCGACCAAAGUGAAAGGGAACCGCGCCAUCACCGACGACUACCAGCAGUUGCGCGGUGAGAUUAAGUUCUCGCUACAGUACCACCGGGAUGCACUGAUUGUGAUGAUACAGCAUGCCCGUUCCUUGCCGAGCAUCCCGAACAAUCCGGAACCGAACACCUACGUCAAGGUGUACCUGCGGCCGGAUCAGUCCAAGGCGACCAAGCGGAAAACCAAGGUCGUCCGGAAGAACUGCAAUCCCAGCUUUAUGGAAACGCUCGAAUAUCGCCUUCCGUUGGAUUUCAUCCAGAAGAAAGUGCUAGAGGUGACGGUUUGGUCGCACGAUUCAUUACAGGAGAACGCAUUCCUAGGAGGUCACCGGUUGGAACUGGCCGAACUGGAUCUGCGUUACGAAAUCAACGAAUGGUUUCCGCUGGGAUAUCUUCCAAGGACGUAGGGGGGCUUUAGUUAGGAGUAACUCACUUCAAGUGCAUUUCGAAUUGAGCUUUUUUUUGGUUGUUACGAAACGUUGAUGAUUCUUGAGAUGGUGGAAAUCGUGAGAAUUGCCAAACUACACAUAGAUAUAUAAAGUCAAAAGUUAUUGGUUCUAGGUUUUUACAUCAUAGAUUUAUUAAUUCCAUAUGCAAAAGCUUCAACAAAAGUGGCUACAACUGGAUGUUUUGCAAUUGAUCAAAUUUUGCAAUUAACGGCAAUCGCUUAUCUAAUUUCUAUCGUGUUCCAAAUUAUCCCUCACAGUCACAGUAACAGUAGACACGAUGGUUCCGAGUUUUUAGCAGCAACCGUGAUUGAUGGCGCGCACUGAGUAGAAAACUAAUACAUUCGAUUACUAUUAACUAAUAUUAUUGUUAGCGCCCGUGCCAGCAGAGUUGUAUAUGUAUAUGUUUGUGUUUGCUUGCUGCUGGUUAUAUUUUCUUUAUAUUCCCCUACUAAAGUCAAAGAGGGAGAGAGUUGUAGGCUUAAAGAUGUCGGUCCGCGUUUAGAAACAAAUUUUGCGGAUUAUUUGCAGUAAAUGUAUUUAUUUUACUUCACAUAGGGAUGAUACAGGUACACCUGAAAGUUGUAUCUUGGGAUAUCGUGACAUGAGAAUGAAGAAUCCUAAAAAAUAUAUUGGGAUUUUUGAACGUAUAA